AUGGCCGACGAAUCCGCCACCCAAAGCCAGGCCCGCGGGUGCAGCUCGUACCCCUUCUCGUUCCCUUCCCAGCCGCCGGACAUCAAGAACUGGUUCUCGAGUUACCAGUACGAGUCGCCGGAGGUGCCGGAGCUGGCUGUUCACCCUCCUGCUGUCGACAACGGCAGCGAGACCCAAGACCCAUUGGAGUUCCCGGUGGCUGGGCAUUCAUUUCUUAAAGACGCCCCUGGGAAUGGCGGCACUGAUUUGAAGAGGGAUUGUUUUGGGAGCCAAGCUGAGCAUGCUGAGGCUUCUGCUACGAGAGAUUUCCUUCCGAUUGGUGGGAGCACUGUUGAACAGGGCACGAAAAGGAAGCAAAGCCUGCGGGGGCUGUUUGGUUUUCUGGAUGACCAUGAAGAGGGUACUCAAACUGAAAAUCGGGUGGCGUCGCCUGUGCAGAGAAGUGCGGUGGAUCCUCCGUGGAACCGCAACUGGGUAGGCUUACAGAAUAGAAAGCGCAGCCAUGAAGGCAUGGUUGAACACAGCGAGCUACCAACGGAUAGUGAGAGCACUUGUAUAGCUGAAACUCAAACUGAAAGUCGAGUGGUGUUGCCUGUGCUGAGAAGUGCAAUGGAUCGUCCAUGGGACUGCAACUGGAUAGGCUUGCGGAAUAGAAAGCGCAUCCAUGAAGGUGUAGUUGAACACAGCGAGCUGCCGAUGGAUAGUGAGAGCACCUGUGUAGCUGAAACUCAGACUGAUAGUCGAGUGGUGUUGCCUGCGCUGAGAAGUGCAGUAGAUCCUCUGUGCGACUGCAACUGGAUAGGCUUAAGGAAUAGAAAGCGCAGCCAUGAAGGCGUAGAUGAACACAGUGAGCUGCCGACAGAUAGUGAGAGCACUUGUAUAGCUGAAACUCAGACUGAUAGUCGAGUGGUGUUGGGCUUAAGGAAUAGAAAGCGCAGCCAUGAAGGCGUAGCUGAACACAGCGAGCUGCUGAUGGAUAGCGAGGGCACUUGUGUAGCUGAAACUCAGUUAAACCCCCCGGGAGGUCAGGAGACCAAGCACAGUAAAGGUUCAGUUAAUUGUGGUGGUACUAGUUUAGCAGCAGAUAAUGAAGAAGGUUUACCAGAAGAUGGCACUGAAAGUAACCUGCCAGUUAAUUUUCACAGUAAAGGCCUAGCAGAUGCGGAGAAAACUAAGCAAAGUCUGCGAGGGUUGUUUGAAGCAGAUUUUCUUGACAACCGUGACGAAGCUACUCAAACUGAAAGUCGGGUGGCGUCGUCUGUGCUGAGAAGUGCAGUAGAUCCUCGUUGGGACUGCAACUGGAUAGGCUUACGGAAUAGAAAGCGCAGCCAUGAAGGCGCAGUUGAAUACAGCGAGCUGGUGACGGAUAGUGAGGGCACUUGUAUAGCUGAAACACAAGUAAACCCCCCAGGAGGUCAGCAGACCAACCCCAGCAAGCAUCCAGUUAAUUGUGGUGGUACUAGUUUAGAAGAUGGCAUUGAACAUAGCAACCUGCCAGUUAAUUUUCCUAGUAAAGGCCUAGCGGGUAGUGAGAAGACUAAGUUAAGUCUGCGGAAAUUGUUUGGAUCAGGUUUUCUUGACGACGGUGAUGAAGCUAAUGAAUCUGAAACUCGGGCUGUGUUGGCUGUACAGAGAAAUGCAGUACAGCCUCUGACAAACUGCAACGCUGUAGGCUUACCUCAUAUUGAACAAACCCAUGACGGUGCAUCUGGAUACAGUGAGCUACCGGCAGAUUGUCAUGCCAUCAGUACAGGUGAAACUCAAGAAAAUCCCCCAUCAGGUCAGGUGAUUGAACACAACAGGCUGCCUGUUUACUGUUGUAGUACGAGUUUAGCAGGGGAUACUGAAGGUGGUUUUGUAGAAGAUGGCAUUGAGCGCACCAAAAUGCCAGUCAAUUCUCCUAAUAAAGUCCUAGCUGACAUUGAGAAAACUGCCACUGAACACUACAUACCGCCUGUUAGUUCUGGUGGUAUUGGUUCAGCUGUCACAAAUGGAAGCUUUUCUGGAGAUGAAAUCAAGCGAAGCAAGCCUAAACUGGAGCAUAAGAAAACAGAAGGAACAGCCGCGGCCGAUGGUUUCGUUGCCAUCAGGACAAAGGUGAAGCCAGCAGAGAAAUGCAGGACAAGCAAAAUUCCUAAGGUCUCAACAGGAAGAGAGAAUACAACAUUGCAAGAGAACCGCCGCAUUUUGGGGACUACUGCUUUGGGCCAAGGUAGCACUAGAAGCCCCUUGUCAGAUAGGACCAAUAUUUCAGAAGUUGCAGGAGCUCCAGCACAGGAGGUCAGCGGGAAAUGGAAGUGCCCUCGCAAGGGCAAGCCCUAUGUUGGCCCUCCGAUGAAACAGCUGCGGUUGGAACAAUGGGUGCGCCGAGUGUAA